AUGUGGGAUUAUAACCCGCCCAACACCCGCCCUCAGUACUGGCCCUACUACACCGUAUACGGUCCGGAAGACGGGUUCGAGAACGACAGGUUGCCGUACGAUUACACGAGCAUCCUGCACGCGACGUCGCAAGUGCGACCCGACGUCGUUAUCGACGUAACCAAGCCAGCCGUCACCAGGAACGACGGCUUGAAUGACCUCGGGCAACGUUCGUACCUUACAGACUUGGACGUGCAGCGCAUUACAGACCGCUACUCCUGCGAGGUCUGCAGCAAGCCAGGCAGCGAUGAUGUUCUAUACGAAUAUCCUGGCGACUGCACCAAGUUCAUUCAGUGUUCGAAUGGCCAAGAGUUCGUGAUGCAGUGUCCUGACGACCUCCACUUCAGCGUACAGCAGCAACAGUGUCUCUAUCCUGGAGAUGCUAAAUGCACUAUCUACUACUCUACACUGUAGAGUAGUACUCUACCAGAGCUGGGCAGCGCUACUUUGAAAUGUAGCGGCCGCUAC